CGAUCUCGACCCGGCGGACCUUUUUCCUGCCCCGUCUCCGGCUCGAGGUUGGGCCCUUCGGUCGUUGCAUCCGCUGCCAUCCGCGCCUGUACUUAGCCCGCCCCCCGCGCUGCCGCCAUGCCGCCCAAGUUCGACCCCAACGAGAUCAAAGUCGUGUACCUGAGAUGCACCGGAGGUGAAGUUGGCGCCACGUCUGCUCUGGCUCCAAAAAUCGGGCCUCUCGGCCUGUCUCCCAAAAAGGUGGGGGAUGACAUUGCGAAGGCCACGGGCGACUGGAAAGGACUGAGGAUCACCGUGAAACUGACCAUCCAGAACAGGCAAGCGCAGAUCGAGGUGGUCCCCUCCGCCUCCGCCCUGAUCAUCAAAGCCCUGAAGGAACCGCCCCGGGACCGCAAGAAGCAAAAGAACAUCAAGCACAGCGGCAGUGUCAGCUUCGAAGAGAUCGUCAACAUUGCUCGGCAAAUGAGGCACAGGUCCUUGGCCCGGGAGCUCUCAGGGACCAUCAAGGAGAUCCUGGGAACCGCCCAGUCUGUUGGCUGCAGUAUCGAUGGCAGGCACCCCCAUGACGUCAUAGAUGACAUCAACAGUGGGGCAGUUGAAUGUCCGGCGAGCUAAGGCUGCUGCCCGAAUGGACUCGACUGCAGUUUCUGUAUCAUGAAUCUCGGCAAUAGCAAUUAAAAAUAAGCUGUUGGUCUGGUUCUUCAUGCGUGGAGGUCUGUCUCAUCUUCUGGGUCCUUCCCUCGUGGUCCACCCCUUUCUUGGAUGCGUUAGGAUGAUCGCGCAUAAGAAAUCCGGGACUUGAGAGGAUGCCUCUUUGGGUUGCCUCACCUGAUGUGUAUAUCCUUCACGUUAAAAAUAAAACUUCAGACUGGAAGUUUAAAAAUGUAAA